AUGCAUCAGCAGAAGGAUGUGCCAGUGCUUUCCUCUCGUCAUGGGUUUCCAGAUUCGGUGUACCCGAUCACAUCACCUCGGGCAGGGGUAGCUACUACCUUCACGUCGCGGCUCUGGAUGUCCCCAAACCUCCUAAGUACCCAGUUGCAUCAAGCAGCCACCUACCAUACCGAGUCCAAUGGCGUAAUUGAGAUCUUCCAUCGCACCUUGAAAGCAGCCUUCAUGUCUCGCUGCAACUCCUCGAACUGGUACUCGCAGCUUCAUUGGGUCCUUGGCCUUCAGGUUCAGACCACCCCUAAAGAGAGCUUUGACUUGUCAGCUGCCGAGAUGGUGUAUGGUGAUCCACUCGUGAUACCUGGCAAAUUCUUACACGAUGAUAACACCUCACCCCGAUAUCAUCAGACUCCGGACCAUCAUAGGAAAAUUCACCCCUUACUGUCCAUCCUACAAGCUAAACGAGAAGACCUUAAUCCCGAAGGAUUUGCACAAGGCGACACAUGUAUUCAGCAGAACCAAUGCUGUUCAUCUAUUUUUGACCCAGCCUUACACUGGCCCCACCCGGGUCCUCAACCGCAAACAGAAAGCCUUUCUCGUCGACAUCCACAGUAUGAUAGAGAGGGAUGGAACCUACCACCUGAAACUAGCAUAUUUGCCUGA